UCUGUCUCGUGCUCUUUCGCGGUAGGGUCUGGUGUGCAGACUCGAGGAUCAUGGCUCCUGUUGGAGGGACUGCAAAAGCCAAGAAGGGUAUUUUAGAACGCUUAAAUGCAGGAGAAGUUGUGAUUGGUGACGGAGGAUUUGUCAUUGCUCUUGAAAAGAGAGGCUAUGUAAAAGCUGGGCCAUGGACUCCAGAAGCUACAGUAGAACACCCAGAAGCAGUUCGUCAGCUGCAUCGAGAAUUCCUAAGAGCUGGAGCAAAUGUUUUACAAACAUUCACCUUUUAUGCCAGUGAUGACAAAUUAGAGAACAGGGGAAACUAUGUAGCUGACAAAAUUUCUGGCCAAAAAGUGAACGAAGCCGCUUGCAAUAUUGCAAAAGAAGUAGCUGCAGAAGGAGAUGCCUUGGUGGCUGGAGGUGUCAGUCAAACACCUUCAUAUCUAAGCAGCAAGAGUGAAGCUGAAAUUAAAUCAAUAUUUCGAAAGCAGCUAAACAUUUUUAUGAAACAAAAUGUGGAUUUCUUAAUUGCAGAGUAUUUUGAACAUGUUGAAGAAGCUGUGUGGGCAGUUGAGACAUUAAAGGAAUCUGGGCUUCCCAUUGCUGCUACUCUAUGCAUUGGUCCAGAAGGAGACAUGCAUGGUAUAGCACCUGGAGAAUGUGCUGUUCGGCUUGUAAAUGCUGGUGCUUCUAUUGUUGGAAUAAACUGCCAUUUUGAUCCAACCACUUGCCUCAAAACUCUGAAACUCAUGAAAGAGGGUUUGGCAGCUGCUAAACUAAAAGCACAUUUGAUGUCACAACCACUGGCUUUUCACACUCCUGAUUGUGGAAAGCAGGGUUUUAUUGAUCUGCCAGAAUUUCCUUUUGCUUUGGAGCCAAGAAUCCUGACCAGAUGGGAUAUCCAUAAGUAUGCAAGGGAGGCUUAUAACUUGGGGGUCAGAUAUAUUGGAGGAUGCUGUGGAUUUGAACCAUACCACAUCAGAGCCAUUGCUGAGGAGCUGGCCCCUGAAAGAGGCUUCUUGCCACAUGGUUCUGAAAAACAUGGCAGCUGGGGAAGUGAUCUGAGCAUGCAUACCAAACCGUGGGUCAGAGCGAGGGCCAGGAAAGAGUACUGGGAGAAUCUGCUGCCUGCUUCAGGCCGCCCAUAUUGCCCUUCACUGUCAAAACCAGAUGACUGGGGAGUGACCAAAGGAGAUGCGGAGCUGAUACAGCAGAAAGAAGCAACAUCUGAGCAACAGCUAAAAGAGCUGUUCAACAAACAGAAAUUAAAAUCCAAAGUCGUAGCUUGAAUAGUUAGCAAUCGUUAUGUGCUGAAAUAAUUAGAUUAAUGUGUAAUCGACAUUCAGUGUGAAGAUGAUUAUAGGCAAGAUGUGCUGAUCAUGACUUUAAAGGCAAGUUUAAAGUAUAAUAAACCUUAGCAAUGAAAAUAUUACACUGUAAUAUUUUAUUUUAUGAAAAAUAUUAGCCAUAAUGAAUUCAUGUGGAAUUUCAAGAGUUCAGAUGUUAGAAGCAUCCACAAAGCACCAAAACAUUUGUAAGUCCCAAUUUACAUAUUCCUUGUUCUGAGAAUGUUCACUUUCUCAAGUCCUUUUGAAAUGACUGGGAAGUAAACAUCCAUGAAUGGUUAAAUAGACCAAUCAUAGUGUAAAACUAGACAUGAAGAGAAUAUGUAUUCACUAAGAUGAAUCUCUCUUCCUUUUAGAUGUUUGUUUCAGCAAUCAGAGUUGCAAUUGAGACUCAUAUACUUUCCAGUGACCACUCUGAAAGCAAAGCAUGUUAGAUUUGAGAGAGACCUAGUUUUGAAUUGUGUUACAUGUGUAAUCUAGUUUGAUACUUAGGCAUACAGCUUCAAAAUAAGCAGAAAGGUCAUGUGGUUGGGAGUUUCUGCCAGACAUCUUAAGGCCCACCAGCACUCCGUGGUAGAGUAGGAAAUCAGGGAAGGACUGUUUUACAGUUUUUCUUCAUUGACUUCUGAUGGGGAUUAUGGCUUUGGAGAGGCCAUGUCAGGGAAACAGAAAGCUUAUGACUAUUUAGAUUUUUGGUUGCCCCACCACAAUGACGUCAUUACAGUCCAUUCCAGUAUCGCACUGAUGCACCAAUCAGGUAACUCAGAUGAUUUUCCUCACAUUUUUAUUCUUAUAGUGAAGCAGUGGUGGGCUUUAGUUCCAGCUCUGAAAAUGAACUCUACAUAUCAAUGGGGAACUGAGGUCUUAUGUUAAAAUAUAAACAAGUUAAAUACUCUUGAAUGUUCCUAUAUCUUUCAUUAAUAUCUGGUAAAUAACAUAUGAGACUCUAUAUGUUAGAUAUAGACUGAAAUUAAUGUUCUUUAUUAAUAUGAAUAAAGAUUGGUAAAUUGAAUUAC